AAAGUCGCGGGUAUAUCUGAAUAAGCCAGUGAUCGUCGGGUUGUACAAAAUUUCUACUAGAAAUGAUCCGUCUUGGCCGCCGUGGCAAUGGAAACAGCAGAAAAUAGGGUCGAAUUUUUUAGAAAUUUACAAAAGUGGUUUCUUUGAUAUUAAAUAUGAUUGUUUCAAUAUGUUUCAUAUUGUCAAGCCCAGCUUAUCGAUCCGGUAUUUUUUCUCAAUAUUUUGUGUGCUCUCUGCGUUGCAUCUAUUUCUUUUUUUUGUGUUAUUUUUUUGUGAUUAAAUUGUGAGUUUCCCACACCCUCAUACUUGAACACGCAACUUUAUUGCGUGCCGUCACGCAGCAGCAGCACGUCUGUGCAUGUUUCGGUUGCGCGCGUCGCUGCCAGCAGAAGACUGCAGGUGUUUUUUUAUUUCAUUGUUUAUUGUGAAAUUGUGCAUAUCGGGAAAAAGAAUCGGAGUUGUUCGCAAAUGUGGUUGUUACUUUUUAGACUGUCUGCAGUGCUGCCUCUCACAGAGGAAGUGCAACCAGGUUAUGGAUACCAGAUCCAAGAUACGCCAGCUGUGUAAACUCUGGAAACUCUGUAAACUGUGGGACACAAAGACCUAAAUUUCAACUGCAACUGCAACGGCAACUGCAACUGCAACGGCGACGGACAAAAUUGUCCCCAAACUGUCAUUGUCUUCGGCGUUGUGCAACGUUUUAAUUGAAAAAGUUUUGCAUACGCAAUUCUGCAUAGAGACACGCAAAUAUGACUGUCAAAUUGGCCAAGCUCUUUGGAGGAGUUGGGGUUGGGGUAGUCGGAGUAGGAAUGGGAGUGGGAGUGGGAGUGGGAGUGGGAUUGGGAGCUGGUUCCGGCAGCAGUGUUCAUGGCGAGAGCAUCAUGGAUGGGAGCCACCAGCCGCUGGCACACGUGCAAACUCCAGCGGCGCAAAACCAACACCAGCACCAACAGGCACAGCAGCCGCCGCCUCUGCCACCAACAAAUACAAAUAUGAAGAAUCUCAAGUACUGCGAGCACCUGCAGGCCUCCUACGACUGCCACGAUCUGAUGCGGGACGAGGAGGACGAUCAGGACAACUACGAGUACAGCAUGUCCCUGAGCUCCGUCUGCAUGCAGCGCAACCAACCGUUCAACAAUUCUCAGCGGCCCCUGCUUGGGGAGCGGCGGCCCCAGCUCACCUUGACGGCUGUGGGCCAGAAAACUGUGGCCAAGUCCUUCCAGCAGCACGCCCUGCCUGGGCCUGCCCUGCCCCUGGCACCGCAGAGAGGACACGCGACCGCCGCGUACAUAUCGCCCUAUGUGCACCAGCAGAAACGCGACAGCGCCAAGGGCCUGCACGGCUUCAACGACUUCGACGCCCUGUCCCAGCAGUACAACCAGCACCUGCAGAGUCCGCACAUCGGCUACCCCUACGGGAGUCCGCCCUCGCCCACCGCCCACUCGCGCGACUUUUGCUUCGACCGCCAGUCGGGCCAGGCCACGUCCAGCAGUUCGUCCAACUGCAGCAGCUCGGUAACUACCUCCACCGCGUCGCCGACGAGCUACUACCAGGACACGGCGACGGCCCCAGUCUAUCCGUCGCGGUUCGAAGACGACUUCUGUGUGCGUCGCCCGGCAGACUCGCCCCUUUCCCUAUCCGUGUCCCAGGCCCCGCCACUGCCCCCCACAGCGGCGGCCGCCUCCACCACGGGUCCCUUCAUCUUCGGCAUCUCGCACGAACAGCAGCCUGCGCACUACGGCUGCACUCCGGUGACCCCAACAGCCUCGCGAAAUGCACUCCAGCAUCUGACAAUUCCGUUCAGAAGGGACCACAAGCCUCUGCAUUCCUGCGCUGCAAGCAGUAGUAAAGGAUCCAAAUUCUUGUUACGGAAGCGUAAAUCGAAGAAGACAGCAGCACCAGCGACACCGAAUGACGGAUCAAAAACUGCCGCAAACGGUGGCACAAACGCUGGCACCGCCACGCAGCCUUCAAUUAAGUGCGUGCUCGUCGGAGACGGAGCUGUGGGCAAAACUAACUUGAUACUGUCAUAUCUGGAGAACAGUUUUAAUCCAGAGCACAUCCCAACGGCCUCAGAUAUUUAUAAAGGAGAAAGUCAAGGAUGUGUUCGAUACGGCCAUUUGGGAGGGUCUUGUGCCCACCACGCUGCCGCCCACGCCUUCCUUUUGGCGAAAAUUGUUCUGUUUGGCCUGAAAAAAGUAGAUGGAUUGAACACAGGAUUGCUUGAAAGCUCUGCAGAGGAAUACAUUAUUUUUAUUUUUCCGCUAAUACAUAGGAGUAGUAUAUUAUAUACAUAUUAAUAGUUAUUUAUAAUUAGCAUUAUCUAUCGUUUUUCGUUUAGCAGUGCUCUUUAUGUUUUGAAUGCACACAGACUGAUCUACAAAUAAAUAAAAAUUUAUAUGGAAUAUAAAAUGAAAUUUAUUAAAAAUCGUUGGACUUGGUAAAGUUAUUGACUACAUAUGUAUUUUUUAAAACUGAAACUCAGCUAAUUUAACCAAUUGGCAUAUAAUUUUAUUAUCUUUGAUUUGAAAACGUAUUAAAAUAUUGUAAGCAGAAGAUCACUUUUCCGGUACUUUUCCAUAUAUUUAUAGUCAUGUUUUCCUUUACUAUUUUCUUCUAUUAGAAAGAUGAUUCCUGAUAAAAGGUUUUCCCCAAAAGUCUCUUAAAAGCCAACUAAGUUGUUUGUUAAGAAAAUAUGGAGUGCUUUAUGAGAGAAUGUGAGGUGAUAAAGUAAAAAAACACAUGGAAAAAUCGUACUUUCGCGACCAUUACUUAAUUCAAUUUUCAAAACACCAGUAGAGAUAAUUUCUUGUGUAAAUCAUCAGCGGAAACCUACAUUAAUCCUCUUUUAAAAUAAGUUAACUGCUUUAGAUUAGAUUAGGUUAAGCCAAAGUCAGCUUCUAUUUCGCGUACGUUCUGUGGUAGUAAACAUAGGACUAACAAAAUUCUAUCGAAUCGACUAAAAAAAACCUGGGGAAAAUAUUUGUUUUCUAUCUUUUUAGUCAAUCAAAACAUACGAACGUAUCCGCGGAAAUGCCCAUUUAUCAUUUCAUCCAUUUAAGCAUUCAAAUUAUAAGAAUACAUUAGAAAUUUUGUAUACUUAAAGUCACAUAAAACGUUAAAAAUGACAGAAA